CUUUAUUUUAUUGCGCUUUGUUUCCAAGUUCCGCUCCCUGAACCUCGUACAAGUCUCCCCGGAGCACUUCCGGGUGCCGGCCCUCGCCUCGCAACUUCGGUCCGGGUGACCUCGGGCUCGUUGCACGCUCACGUCCCGAUCGUGCCUGGAGUGGCCCAGGGCGGGGGACCUGGAAGUUUGAGCCUCGCUGCUCCUGAGGCGGAUUAAUUAGCCCAAGAAACACUAUAUUCAUUUUUCUGGAUAUGCCGCAGAAGGAUCCGUGCCAGAAACAAGCCUGUGAAAUACAGAAAUGUUUACAAGCCAACAACUACGUGGAAUCUAAGUGUCAGGCUGUCAUUCAAGAACUGCGUAAGUGUUGUGCUCGCUACCCUAAAGGAAGAUCUCUCGUCUGUUCAGGAUUUGAGAAAGAAGAGGAAGAAAAGCUGACACUGAAGCUGACAUCAAAGUGAAGUUCUGCCGAGAAAUGCUGCUGCUGAGAAGUUAAAUGCUGCACCAUGUAUCCACCAAGCAAGUUUUUUGUCUUCCUGACUCUUUCUUCAGGCCAGGUAGCAGCAAAUAGCAAAUUAAAAAAGGCAACUAUAAAAGUCAAUAUGCCAUCUAUGCAGAACAGAUAGAAAUAUAAAUACAUUAAAUAUGUAGAAUGUAAUAAAACCGAGCUGCUAAAAUAAACCUGUUAAGUGAGAAA